AUGGAAAUCAAAUUCCAUCAUGUAUACAUUUAUUUUUGGAUAUUUGGUUUAUUGAACAAUGUACUUUAUGUUGUUAUUUUAUCGGCAGCAGUGGAUAUAGUUGGCCCGAGUCUUCCAAAGUCGUUGGUCCUGUUAACUGAUAUACUACCUUCCUUCAUUGUUAAAUUAUUGGCACCAUUUUUCAUCCAUCGACUAGGUUAUCGAAAGCGUGUGGGAAGUUUGAUUGUUUUGAGCACAUUCGGUAUGCUAAUGGUGUCCUCCGGAAAACUAUCUGUAUGUCUGCUUGGGAUAGUAUUAGCCUCUAUAUCAUCAGGAUUCGGUGAAAUCACAUUUUUGCAGUUGACGCACUAUUAUGAGAAAGUCGCCUUAAGUGGUUGGUCAUCUGGAACAGGUGGUGCUGGACUUUUUGGGAGCGGUUUAUAUAUGUCAUUCACUUCUAUUUUGAAGAUUUCUGUGAAGACCUCAUUAUUAUUCUUUACUUUGCUUCCAUUUGGAUUUAUUUUGUAUUACAAACUGGAAAAGGGAAAUAAUAGCGUCGAAGAUCCUGCUAGCAAUGAUCCUUUUUUGGAUUACACGGACAGAGAUACUGAUGCACUGGUCGCGGCUCCGUCAAGUCCAAUUACCAGCAUGGUAACGCAAGAUAGAAGUUUUUCAUUUAAAGUGCAUUUUUUGGCCACUUGUAGCUCAUUGAAAGAGCUUAUUUUACCUUUUAUGCUUCCUCUGACAACAGUUUACCUUUUCGAGUACCUAAUAAAUCAAGCUGUUGCACCAACAUUACUUUUCCCUCUAGGUCAAAAGAAUAUGCCAUUUUUCUUCAAUAAAUACAGGGAUAUUUACGUUACUUACGGAACUUUAUACCAAUUGGGUGUUUUCAUUUCCAGGUCAACUGCGCACUUAGUGAGACUGAGAAAACUAUAUCUGUUGUCAAUACUUCAAGGUUUCAAUCUUGUUUUUGCGCUUUUGCAGUCCUGGCUAUAUUUGGUCUCAUCUCCUUGGCCUGUAAUGGUGCUUGUACUGUAUGAGGGGUUUUUGGGAGGUGCCUCUUACGUGAGUACGUUUUUGAAUAUACUCGAAGAUGUCGAACCAGGAAAAAGAGAAUUUGCUUUAGGCUCAGUUUCUAUUGCUGAUUCAUUUGGUGUUCUUAUUGCCGCAUUUAUCGGGCUGGCUCUUGAACCUAUGUUAUGCAAUCAUCAAGUUGCUGAUGGCCGACCUUGGUGCAGAAUGGAAUAA